AUGAUAUCCAUUGCCCAGCUCGCACUUGCCCUGGCUGCGCCGGCUGCCAUCAACGGUCUCGUCUUCAAAGCCGUCUCCCACUGCUCCAACUCGCUUAACCCAGUGGGAGGGGGGUCCGCGCCGACAUUCUGCGAUCCCCCAUUCCUCGUUGGUUUCGCAGACGACGGGACCCAGCUCUCCUUUAAUGGAGGGAAAAUGAAGGUUGGAUUGACACCGAGCGCUGGUGGAUGCUACUCGACCAACGGAGAUUAUAACGGGGCGGCAUUCGGGGUCGAUAGCUCGGAUGGCCACUACGGCGGAGGUCUGAUCAAUUUUGAAUCUUGCUCUUUUGGCAAAGGAGUAUCAACGGACGGGUGUAAGGCGAAUGUCAACGGAAAAGUCGGCCCCAAGUCGACGAAGACGAAUUGCAAUGACUGCUCAGGCGACGGAUUCUUCACUUACUGCGAGUGCUGCGCUGUCACUUACUGA